AUGGCCCAAUCGAUUCGUAUCCAAGUCCCGAAAAAGGGCACAUUCACUUGCAGCAGUAGCACAGCAGAGGAGGCCCUGGAGUAUUUGCGGCAAGUGUUGGGUGAGCCCUGGCAUGGCAACAAGCUGUUGUCUUGCGGUCUACAAAAGCUGGAAGCAGAUGACUUGCUGCACGAUUUCAAUGAUGACUUUGUGUUUACAAACUAUUCAUGCUUGAGUUCUGGACCUCCGGUUCCUAUCCCAAGAACCGAAGUGCGUGGAAUCACCAUCAAGCAGCUGUCACAUUUGCUGGAAUUUGUUAAGGACAGGGUCUCCACUUGGUAUGAACCUUAUUCAGUUAUGCCACAGUACGGGCAACCUUUGUCUUUCGAUGACUUCGACAGGUAUCAUGCGAAUUUCUGGGUCGUUUGCCCUGCUACGGACCGUCCCUUGAAUUGCAGCUACGUAGAGUUGGUUGCCAGCGAGGCUGCAAGUCAACGGCCUCUGUGGUAUGUCACGUAUCUAUGGCAGCAGCCACUCCACGAGUUCAUGACGUGCCUCAGGCGCCACGCUUCUUUGCGCGAGUUGCCUGAGAGCACAGCCUAUUGGGAUAGCGCUCUGGCAAACAACCAGCAUACGCUUGCACCUGAGAUCUGCGACAAUCCCCGAAAGCUGGACUUCUGCCGUGCACUGAAGUUGUGUACCGGGCUCUUGCUGAUCUUCGAUCAGAAUGCCGAUGUGAUGACCAGGAUCUGGGUGUGCUUUGAAGCGUCUCUGGCACUGGAGGAGCGCACCAUGUCUCUGGUAGUGGAGAAGCGCAACAAGGAGAAGUCCGGGAAGCACUUUCUGCUGGAUGUGGCGGCCAUGGAUCGUCCUGGCGAAGCACAUCUCAUCACAGAUGGGCUGGCCGGUGCUGAGGAGCGUACGGAGCGAGCGCUGGGUCUUUUGUUGAAAGGCCAGCGCGAGGCCAAGUUCCCGCGAUUCAUUAUGCACAAAGCCGCGUAUGUUGAGAUUUCCGAAGCUAAUGCAACCAACCAUGAUGACAAGAUAAGGAUCCUCAACAGCCUUCGUUGUCCACGGGCAAAGACCAGGGAUCUUCUUGAUAGCUCAGGAUCAGAGUCAGCACUAAGAUUUGAUCCAAGUCUUGAUGCAUUGAGCAAGUUCAUGAGAGAAAAACUGGAGGAAACCGAGAAGCUCUCUUCAUUGGCCAACGACCUUAGUGUUUUUCUUAGUGAGAACCAGAAAAAGACAGACGGAGUUGAGAAGCUUGUGCAGGACAUGGAUGAAGAGCUUUGGAACGAACAGGACGACACUGUGCAAAAGUUUCUCCCGGAGUUUGCCUUGUUUGAAUGGAGCAAGGACAGAGUUGAGCAGAAGGUGCAAGAGAUCCGUGUUCUUCAUAGCUAUCAUGCAGGAGUCAGCAUGGCCUACUUGCUGCACGAUUUUGUGCACUUAGCCCAACAGAGAUCACAAGAAGUAGAUCCAACCUUUCUCCGAUUGAAAGAAGCCUUUUGGCUCUGUAAGGAUAAAGUCGGCCAGGACUUGUACUGCCCAAGAGAUGGCAAGUUGGGCCGUGCUUUGGUGGAUUUGCUUCCCCCAAAACAUCGACAGAGGCAAAACUACUUCAUGUCCUGGACUUGGCAAUACUCAGUGGGACAGGUAAGGGAUGCGUUGCAGCUGUGGAAAGCACCGAUGGCAGCUGAGAAUGUCUUUUUCUACAUGUGUUUUUUUGUGAACAAUCAAUUCCGUCUCAUUGUGGAUGGAACUCCAGCUGGCAGUGACAACUUAGAAGAGGUCUUCGAAGAGAACCUUCGACGCUGUGGCCAGAUGGUAGCCAUUUUGGAUGGAUGGCACCAGCCCAGAUACCUGCGACGAGUUUGGACGAUCUAUGAACAGUAUGUCGCGUGCUCUCUGAAGAUCGACGUGGCAUUUGUGAUGCCUCAUGAAGCAAGUGCCUCCCUGUCCCAGAAGAUUUCUCUUGGGGAUAAAGGCAUUGCCGAGGUGACCCGAUCCCUCUGCGAAGUCAACGUGGCCAAUGCAGAAGCAUAUGAUCCACGGGAUGAGAAGAAGGUCAAAGACACGAUCCAAGAAAGUGUGGGUUUUCAGGAGGUGAAUCGGCAUGUGAAAAGUGCCAUGGUUCAAUGGAUCGGUGGCGUUGUCAAAGACAAGUUUGAGAAGCUCGUGAACGAAACGG